AUGGAACAUUUGACUCCUCUUCCCAUCUGGCUGGUCUCUAUCCCAGCGGCAAUAUGGUAGGGGAUGAUGGCAUCAUCAGAAACCAGUCUAUUGGGAAAGUUGGGACCACAGGCAGCAAUCACUUGAGUCCAUCAAGCCAUGGGAGCAAUUUUUUGAGUAAUCAGAAACCAGGUAAUCAUUUAAUGCGCCAAGACCUUGAUAACAAAUGUUUACAUAACCAGUCGACUGCACAAAGUAAGGCGAUUGGGAAUAGGUCUGUCAGAAAUGGUCACAUAUCGGAAAAAGGUGAUGCAGCCGAUAUACAAGUGUUCAGGAAGUGUACCGACAAGGACAAGUCCAAAACAAUCGACAGUAGUCAACAAUUUACUGUCUACAGAUAAAUCCCAUUGUGUGGGAGUUAAUAGCCUACUGUCCUCAAAAAGUAACACAUCGGGAGACAACACAGCGUUUCUCAACAAUGCUCAAGUCAGCGUCUCCCCUGAGGAACUGCUUCAGUGCUUAAGUAAGCUACAAACAUCUGUUGCCAACUCCAUUAUCCAGCAGCAUCACUUCCCUGGUCCGAAACAGUCUACACUUCACAACAGUAGCACAACAACAGCGCAGGAUAAAUCACCGAGAACUAGAGAGGACACUCGGCAUAACAAGUCUGUUGGUAUAUACACCAGCUCCACAGCAGUGAAGGGAAUACCGUCGGUGUUACCACCUAAUGAUCGACCUAAAGGUCCACACAUACCCAAGGGCCCACAAGAACUGUAUCAUCCUUCCUUGACACACCCUAACCAUCACCAUUAUCUUCCCACUCCAGGCCUGGUGUCUGGACACUUCCUGACCGGACACCCAACAUAUCCCACAGAACUAGUGGAAUAUUAUCCUAUGGAUCCAUAUGCUUCCUUUGCUCCUGCCUUCAUACCAUCUGAAACCAUCUAUGAUGUCCCAGCCUACUAUGGUUUACCUCCCUUUAUACACGGAUUCAAACAACCAAGGAGGAGUGGACCUUCCAUUGAACUUCACUUAAAACUUGAAGAAUGUUAUGAACAGUACAGAAAUACAGAAAAGGAAAGAAAAAAGACUGAAGCAGAGCUGGCAAGACAACACCCAGGGAAGAGGAUUUCUAGUGCCAAUAACAUUGUAGUGCCACGCUUGCCUUCCAACCCCUCACGUGUGGACAGACUAGUUGUGGACUCCUUCAAGGAGCAUGCUAGGAUUUUGACACUAAUAGACAAGAUGGAAAGAUUGAUGGGUGCAGGGCUCCACCCGAACAUCCACUCUGCCUUGGAACGCUGGCUGGAGGGGGUCCGAAAGGUUCAAGCACGCCGUAAAGAGGAGAUAGUGAACGCUACGAACAGGAACAGAAAUGGAGGACCACGACACCAGGACGAUAAAGAUGUGUUAGCACUUGCUGCCAGUAUAAGUGAGCUGACAGCUCUAGCCAGGAAAGCUCGGACUGCCACCUGGUGUGCCUUGCAGAUUUCAGACAAAGACAAUCCCACCCUGUGUAAGUUGGGCAUUGAUAUGAGGAUGCCGUCUCUACCUCUCCACUUCCAGCAGACCUCCACGACUGCAUUACCCACGACAGAAACCACCACUGCCACCGUCACAAAAGAUUGAGGAAAUGUUUCUCUGCUGUUAAACUGAUCACCCUCUGUUUGUAUGUUAAAGUUUACGUAUAGUGCUGAUAAUUGGUGUAUAGAUAUAAAUGACAUCCACUUGUCCAUUUGUUAAUUUUAUGCUUGACUAGUCACUACUCACCAUGAGCUGAGAAACAAGAACAAGUUGAUCACCCAACAUGUAAUUGAUGGCAGUUCUACACCAGGUUUUUAAUUUUUUAAGAUAUUUCAAAAUUUGCAAUUGAUUUUCAGUUGUUACUUCGGAUAAACUAACUUAAAUGCUUGUGCUAUUUUUAAAUGGCUUUGUGGAUUUUAUUCUUGCUUCUUUUGAAAAAUGAUUUAUGCUAUUCAGUAUUAGUCUAAUCAAAUAUGGUCAGGAGAGCUGUCACCUUAAGCUUUCUUGGGAGAGAUUUUUUCAAACCAAAAUUAUCACAAUCAAGCAACAGUAGUUGACUAUAGGAAUGACUGGAGUAACACACUAAAUGUUUCACAAUAAAACUUGGAUGGAAAUCACAAAUCAUAACAGGAAAAGGUCAGUAUAUUAACAUAGCUUCCUUUGUUACCUGAAGUCCAACUGACUCUAAAAUGGCUCUGUUACUUUUUUGUGUCAAUAUUGUAUUUAUGUGUGUAUUUUGACAUAAUUGAUUUUUUAUGUAGUGUUGAUUUUUGCUAUGUUUGCAUAUAUGUUUAUAUUAACUAUGUAAUGGAGGAAAAACAAAAACACAGUCAAAGUGAGUUGUGUACCAAGUCAUGGGACCUAUUUAGUGAGUUGUUUACCAAGUGAGUCAUUGGACCUGACGAAUUGCAAUGUUUCAAAUUCUAUUGAGUUGAUAAAACAAUAGAAUUAUGCAAUGGAGAGAAAAUAUGCAUUUAAACUGCAAUUAAUGAACUUAUUUAAUUUUUC